AUGACGAUAGAAGCACCAUCAAACGCUGUAAAACUUUUAAAUCGAAUAGACACUCGUUUUGUUGAUGCAAUGGCUUACGAAGCAAUAACAGUCCGUAUGAAUCGAAGCAACGAGUCAAUUUCAUGGGGUUUUACAGUAGGUGGCGGUAGUGGAUCACCUCUAAGAAUCGCAUCUAUUGAAAAAGAUAGCUUGGCAGAUAAAGCGGGCCUAGAAACUGGUGAUAUUAUUACGGAUUUAGUUGGACGUAAUACGAAAAACAUGUCCUUACACGAUGCAAAAGGACUGGUAGAAAGAAGUGUUCAUGAGAUAUUAAUGAAUCUUCAAAGAUAUUAUACAAGCCAUCCGUGCCUACCGUGGAAUCUGACAGAAAGGGAUAACAAGAUUAUUGUCGAUCGAAUUCAAUCUUCUGAUUCGUCAAUUCGACACAAAACUUAUCAGAUCAAUUUUGUCAGGAAAAUAUCGAACUCGGACGAUGAAAGAAGCGAAAGAAAUAGAACACAUUUUAUGCCCACAGAGUAUCAAAGCGGUAUCAAUGAAAAUUCGUAUCGUCGUCAUAUACAGCAGCAGCAACAAAACCAAACUGGUAAUGGAUUUAGAACUACAUAUAUGCCGAUUCACAUAGAUACGAAAGCUAGUGAACCAUUCGAUGCAAGGUCGCUGCAUAAAUCACCCGAUGAAAGCCAUAGUCAACAAUCGUUCGCCUCAAAUGCGAGAAAUAAUUAUCGUGAAACAGGUAAUGUUCGGUUCAUACAUUCACCUCGUACCAUUCGUCAGCUUUCUCCAUCAGCGUCCAUUCGACAUUUGCAAUAUAAUUCGCCAAUGAACUUAUAUUCUCCUGAAUCUGCUGCCGAACAAUAUCUUCAGCAGACAGGAGGACUUUUUGGUACCGACCCAAAUCUACGAAGACAUGGUGACGCUCCAUAUUUAACAUCAGAGACGAGGCGAUUAAUCGCUGAAGAGGAAACAGGCAAAGAUUUUCGUGCACAUUCACCGUCCGCACAAAGCGCUAGCUUUAAACGAAUUUCUCGCGCGUGUGGUACUCCCGUCGAUUAG